UCUCUGGGCUUUGAUUUGGGUUUCCCUGCUCUGAUUCACCGGCUUCCUUCUCCACUCCAUUUCUUCCUCGAAGAAAGGCACGGUCCGGUCACUUUCCGGCCAUCUUCGCUUCUGUCUGCGUCAUCAACAUCCUCGUCCUUUUCGUCUGAAGGUACCGGCUGCAAAUCUCCGUCGUCAACUUCGCGAAAACCGAACGCCAGGCCCCCCCUAAUCGACUGCGCACAGGAACCUUCCCGAGGCCCUGCAAUAUUGUUAUGAGGGCGGCGGGCGAGGAAAAUACGAAGACGAGGGUCAGCGCGGUAGAGUGGGCUAGAGGCGGCGGCGGCAAUUGCUGCUGUUCAUUCAAGCGGAUCGCCUUCAUGAUUUGCUGCGUUAAUCUGGUCGACGCGCUUCUCGUGGUUCGAUCGUUGUACACUUCUUUCUUCUUCCCCCCUUCGUCUGGGAUCAGUCGCAAUUCCCUUGCCGAUCAGAUAAUGAGGACGGAAGAAUCGAUCCGGAUUCGAGGAGAAAUGGAACCUUUGGCUCUAGUUAGCGCGGUGAGGAAGCUGAAAAAGAAGUUGUCCGGAGAUCAGAAAAGGGGACUUGUUCAAUUGCCACAACCGGUGAUGUAUAAGUUGGCCUAUGAGAUUCUGGAGAGGUUGCAAGGUCUUCACAAUACUAACGUGACAGAACAACAGGGUUAGCUGCAGUUAAUUUAUGGCUAUCCAAAAGCUUGAAGUAGUUAGAAAGGCAACAAGUUCGAAAUCUUCAAAUUCAAGCAUCCCGUAUCAGCUGAUUAUUUUGUUUAUUUAUAUCUUGAUGAUUGUUCUUGAAUUUGCCGGUGUGGUUCAUAGAAAUGUUGAAACAAGCACUGGUGACUAAUUGGCAUGUUCUAAUGGAAGGAAUUGGACUUUGGAUCCCAGCCAAUGUUAUGAACACUGAGCAUGAUGAUAAACCCGAGAAUGAAACUGAUAUUGGUAAAUUUAUUCGGUUAAAAUCUUUAACAAUUGAUUUCUCCACACAGCUUACUUGCUACAGCUGUUGGCCAUCUUACCUUUGCUGUGCUGUAGUUGAUUGUGAAGAUUUUUUGAGUUGAUAAU